CUGAGGUCUUGGCAAUAUCCGGAUCAUGCUCCAUUAACCCGUUUUAGGUCUGACAUUCGUGAAAAGAAGAUCUUCUCAGCUACUAGAAAUGGUACAAAUGUAACCACUUUCAUUGGCGAGGGACUUGAUAUCACGGAAGGAAUUGCUCUUGACUGGGUCGGCCGCAAUCUGUACUGGGUUGAUUCGAGUCUCAACACUAUUGAGGUAGCAAAUCUUGAAAACCCCGCUGCUCGUGCUCUCCUGGUGCAUGAGAAUGUUAGCCAACCCCGUGGUAUCGCUGUAGAUCCGAGAAAGGGGCUGAUGUUCUGGACCGACUGGGGACAGAACCCCCAUAUCGAAAGGGCAAAUAUGGACGGUACGGAUCGUCAGAUUAUCGUCAGUACAAAGAUUUACUGGCCAAACACCAUCGCUUUGGAUUUGACCACUGAUCGCGUGUAUUUUGCCGAUUCCAAGCUGGAUUACAUCGACUUUGUGAACUACGACGGAACUGGUUAG